AUGCCACCACCAGCUCCCUACAACUUUGGGUUUCAACCUCAGAUGGUUCCUCCUCAGGGCUUUGUUGGAAGCUUUCCCCCUUAUCAGUUCCCUCCUCAAUGGCAGCAGUUCCCUGGUGGUUUUCCUCCUCAACAGGUUUUCCCAAACCAAUUCCCUGGUGCUUGGCAGCCUCCUGGCAUGGCACCUGUACCAUGGCCUCAGCAGCAAGAGCAGCAGCAGGCCCCUCCGAAACAGAAGAAGGAUAACAAAGCUCAAAAACAUCAGCAAAAAGAGAAAGAGGUAAUCAAAGCUGCAGGAUUUGAUGGAAAAUCUCAGGAUGGAGCCUCUGUUACUUCCACUGGUUCUGGAUCCACUGCUACUGGGAAAUUGGAACAAUAUGCUGAAGUCAUCUGCUACAAUUGUGGAGAACCUGGACAUCACAAAGCUGCCUGUCCUGCUCCAAAAUCAUGUUUCAUCCGUGGCUCCUCGAACAUGAGGUGGAUGUUUGCCCCGUGA